AUGCGUCAAUCAGUCUUUGCUCUUGCGGCUCUUUCUUUAUGGCAGAGUUGCACUGCUCAAGGUACCAAGGAAACUCUAGUUCCAUAUCAUCCGAGGGACAUUGGUCUUCAGAGAAGAGAUGCCCCUCCGAGCGUCACUCUUCAAAAUGAACUCAGUCUUAUCUGGGGAUCAUCAAAUGGUUCAACUUUUGUCAAUGUAACCCUUAACACAGGCGAAACCGAACUUGUUAUAUCCACCGAACAUUUUUCCGACAGUCUCACAGAUGUGCAAUGCAACGGUGACCUUGUUCUUACCUUCAAAGACAAUGCUACUUUCCAAGAUGCCAUUGCCGAUUGGUCCUGGGUCAAUUUCCAUGAAAACCGCACAUUCUUCAUGAUCAAUAACUGGGGUGCAUGCGCUGCUGCAUCGGAAUCCGGUAGACAGCCAUGGGUUGUUCACGGAGUCGAUGUCUAUGAUGAGCAAAACUUCAUUGUCAACUUCAAUGCUACUCUUUCAGACUGGGAUGAUGUUAUGACUGGUGCCGUUAUUGAAUUCGGUGCCAUGUCGACAUCCUCUUCAUCAAAGAGAACCGACACCAUUAGCAAGACGCUAUCUCUUAACAUGGCCCACAGUCUUCCUCAGACCUUUUUCAGCAAAUCCACCAACAGUGGACUUGACUUCUCUAUUGACUGUCCUGGCUGUGCUACCACCGGUGCUAUCGAUGUUCAAGGAAAGAUUGUUAUGAAUACUGUCAUUGGUAUUCCAACCAGUGUCAAGUCUAUCUCUAUCACUACUACUCCAAAAGGUGUAGGUGCUAACUUGGCUCUUGGAUUUUCUGUUUCUGGUACAUUAGGUAGUGGAUGGACCAAAGACUGGAACUUGGUUACUGUUGGUCUUCCAGGAUGGUCUAUUCCAAAGAUCAUCGACUUGGGUCCUCAAUUCACCGUCGAUGCCGGUUUCGCUCUCAGUGGUAUCGAAGGAAGUGCUUCAAUCAGCGCUGGUGUCAACGUUGCCAUUCCAGAUUCUUCCUCCGCUGUUCUUGGUAUUAGUGGUGUUGAUUCUAGCUUCAACGGCUGGGUUCCAACUGCUACUCCUCAAACUCCUAAGGUCAGCGUUCAGGUUGAUGGAAGCUUAGAAAUGUACACCGAAAUUGGUCUUGAUGUUGGACUUACCGUUCUCAGCAAGUGGGGUUUCGGAGGUGGACUUUUCCUCAGAAUUCCAGACGUCAAAAUUGAUCUUGGAGCCGAGUUCAAUACUCAAGGUGUAUGCCCUGGAUCAGCCGAUAUUUUCGGUGUCACUUUAGGUGCAACUGUUGGUGUCGAUCUCAAUCUUGGUGUUUACACUGAAUCUGGCGGAGACAAGAGCUGGAAGGCGAAAACCUCUAUCUAUACCAACAACAACUUGAUCACUCCUAUUGACAAAUGUUUCCCGCUCGGCCCAACUCUUCCAGCCGGUGGCAAGGUCUCCAUCAAGACUGUCGGCACCGUUCCAGUUUCUUCUGCUAAGGCAGUUUCUACCACCAAGGCUGAUAGCACCUCUGCCAAGCCUAUUAGUGCUGUCUCUUCAUCCAAGGCAUCAGCCGUUUCUGCUAGUGCCACUCAUAAGACUUCAGGAUCAGUAUCAGCUUCUAGUAUCAAGGUUUCUGGAACCGGUGUAUCUUCAUCUAUCAAAGUCUCUGGAACCACUAAACCUUCUUCCAUAAAGGUCUCCGGUACUGGAGUUUUCUCCAGUAAAAUAACUGGCACUGGUAUUUCUGGAUAUGGCGCGAGUAAAAUCGCUGGAACUGGCGUUUCUUCAAGCAAGAUUGUUGGAACUGCCGUUUCAUCAUCUGCACACGGGUAUGGAUCUGCUCCAGCUUCUCCCUCUGCUCAUGGAUACGGCUCUGCUUCAUCUUCUUCCUCUGCACUUGGAUAUGGAGCUGCCUCAGCUUACCCUACUACCACAAAACUCUCCGGAACAGGAGUAUACUCUUCUAGCAAAGUCGCUGGUACUGGUGUCACUUCAGCUGCCUCUUAUGGUACUCACCCCGAUACUACCGCUUCAUCCAUCAAGGGUGCUAGUACUUCAACUUCCAAGACUUCGGGUACUGUCGUGGUUAGCAGCUCACUUUACAUCUCCGCCUCAGGAGUUAGCUUAGUCAAGACUGCUAUCGGUUCUUCUGCAUCAUCUGCUCUCGGUCUUGAGACUAGUAAAGUUUCCCCUUCUUCAAUUAAGGCAACAGCUACAGGCGGUGCUCCAGCUUAUGGAGGAUCCUCCACUUCUUCCGCUCUUGAUCUCGAGACUAGUAAAGCUUCCUCUUCUUCAGCUAAGGCAGCCACUACAACUGGUGCUCCAGUUUAUGGAGGAUCUUCCACUUCUUCCGCUCUUCGUCUCGAGACAAGCAAAGCUUCUUCCACCGCUGCAUCUUCCACUCAUAUUUCCAGCACAAUCAUAGCAAGCUCUACCACAACCAAAGCCUUCACAACCGUCAUCCCAACCAAGACUGCUACCGGAACUGUUGCCCCAGCACCAAUAGCCACAGGUACAAUCUCCACCUGUGACAAAUGGGUCACCAUCGAAGAUAACAACUGUUCUUGCACCAACAUUGAGAACUACUACGGUGUCAGCGCCACCAACCUUGAUCUCUGGAACCCCGGUCUCGGAAGCGAGUGUAAAUUGACCGUUGGACAAGCUGUCUGUAUUGGAGUCAAGGGUUCUUACAAGCGAUCUGUUAAUGGUCGUCUUGCUCGAUUCAUUGAUGCUUAG